GGAAAUGUGUGUGAUCGAACAUGUGAAUUGCGCAAAACAACAAACAAACAUGCACACACGAGCAAAACAAGACAAGGGCAUGUUGAGUUUUGAGGAGAUCGGAUGAUGAGGGGAGGGAAGAGCGCGCCACACAACUUCCGGAUUCAAAACCGAUCAACUGCACGCAGCUCGCGCGAUGUAAACAAGACAAUCCAAUGACCCGUCCAAACAAAACCGACCACAGUUCUGCCAUUGUGCUGAGACAGCAGUCGCCGCAGGAAUGAGUUCCUCAGAUGACAACGUCGCUUCACAUCGUCGAAGGAACCCUCACAGGACCUGUCGGCUCAUUGUUGAAGAACCGGACAAAUCCCACACACCUGCUUCAGUUGACAAAGUUUCCGUUUUGCAUAGUUACAAAAACAAAAAGACGGCAGAUUUGCAUCCUGCCAGAUCACGUGGGUUACGCAAAACCAGGAAUGACAAGCAGAAGCCUCAAGCAGUCAGUCGAAGUGCCUGUCCUGAAAGUUUACCAAAGUCUACACUUCAAGUAAGAUGCGUAAAUGGACACGUGUCUCCAACUUCGCAUGAACCCGAGCCGAAAAAUCGCCCCAAACCCAAAUACCCAGCAAAGACUACGAAAAGAUCUCGCAAGGGAAGAACAAAAUCAGAUGUUGAACCUUGUGAGAAGGCUGACGUUCCCACUUCAGAUGAUGUAGCUUGUUUUGAAAGACUGGAAAAUUCAGAACCCGCUGCAGAAUGGCAAAAAACUGGCCAAACAAAACGGACAUGUUCUACAAAAGUUUCUCCAGGACUUUCCACAUGCGCUGCAUUAACUCCUCAAAAGCAGAAAAUCUCCCGUCACACUAAAAAUGAUCGUAGUCCCAGUCCACACACACCAAAACGGAUCCAUCCCCGUCCUCUUCUCAGCUCCACACCAAACCUCAAAUCUCUAAAUCGAGCAGACAGUACUUGCUCACCGUGUCAUCAGGACGUCACGCAGUCGAGUCCCGUAAAGCUGUCUUCCCCAGACGUCAAGCCAUUAAGAAAGUGCAGAACCCAGAGGCUCCUGACAGCGGAGAGGCCAGCGGGUCACAAGAAAAGAAUUGUCCAGGAGCGUCCAGGUUCAUCUCGCACACCAAAACGCAGCAGGAAGAGUGAAAGCUUGUUAACAGAAUCUCCUCAGAAGGAGCCCUCGGUUGAGACGAGUCCUACCAGUACAACGGAGGAUCUGGCAGAUCCGAGCGUGUCCUCUGACCUCUCCAUCGAGCUGAGCCUGCAGGAGGAGCUCCAGCCUUUCUAUCACUCUCUGUCCCUGCAGGAGGAGGAUCAGGAUAACGAGGAGGAGGAGCUUCCCAGUUUCUUGCAGGACAACAAAAAGCCUUCGUCAAUCUCGGAGGGGCUUUGUGUGUGGUGCAAACUGAGGAAAUACCCCUACUGGCCGGCAGUGGUUAAAAGUGUCAAUCACAAAAUCAAAAAGGCCAGCAUCGUCUUUAUUGAUGGCUACAUAAUUGACCAGAAGAGAAACAAAAAAGGGUUUUCUGUGUCAAUGCGGACCCUAAAGCCCUUUAACUGUGAAGACUAUAACUUACUUGUGGACAUAGCAAAGGCAAAGUACGGCAGUGCCUUAACCUGGUCUCUGGAGCUGAUAUCGGACUAUAAAAUUCGAAUUGGAUGUGGCUCCUUCGUUGGUUCCCUUAUAGAAUACUGUGCUGCUGACAUCAGUUGCCCAGUGAGGAGGAAAUACACAGAGGGGACGUCUGUUCUGACCUUCCCCAGUCAAGAGAUCCUAAGUGAACAGAAUCACGAUUUCAAUAAUUCUGAGGACAUCGUUUUGCCAGAACACGAUGAUCUCUCAAAGAAAGUGCUGCCGGACCGUGCCAAAGCUGCGCGGAAUCGCGCCAACGUCCACCUCGUUGACUUCAUUGUCAAUAGGCGAAAAGUCGAAAACCGCUUGCUGGCAGUAAUUAACGGCGAUGAAUCAUCUCAAUGGAUGCGAGCCCUCCAGAAGCCCACCCGCCAAUGGGUCGACGUGUACCUGGAAGACGAGGAGCAGGUGGAUAAAGUGUACCGUUACCUGAACGAGGUGUGUGACAGCUCUCCGCAUAUAAACACCUGUCUGGAGAGAAUCCAGGCCGACCGGAUCAGUUUUAUUCUGGAUGUGCUUCUGCCUGAGGCAAUUAUCCACGCCAUCGCUGGAGUCCACAAGCUGUCUCUGGAGAAAGCCGAGGAGAAAUAUCGCAGCGGGCCGUGCUUCAGUAACAGAGAAAGACAAGAGUUCGACAUGAUGAUUGAACAACAGAUGAAGCUCAAGGAAAUCACACUGCCUCGAAAAGAAAAAGUCUAAAAACAAAACAAGUAUUUUAAAGAAACACGGAAAAAAUCUCUUUGGACAGCACUUAAUCAUUUUAUACAAGACAUUAAAUACAGAUUGCUUUUGCCAAAUAAUUAGGUUUUGCAAAUAAACUAAAUGUAUUUUAUAA